AGGGAACCUGUUUUAGUAAUGCUUAGUGAUGAAAACAUGGAGUAUGGGGACACACACCCCAAUUACCUCUCUUCUUUAGCCAAGCUGGGGAUGCUGAAUGUAGGAAUUGAACAGUAAAAAGAAACAGACUUGAUCCUGUAUCAGAGAAAAGGCGAUUUACAACACUUGAACUCCGAGGGGGGAAGACUUGUGAAGAUACCUGUCUUUGCCCUUACCUGUUAUUCUACAUUGGUUCCUUAAAGAAAUCUUCCUUUUGCAGCCUCACCACUUGUUUCUUUGCUUCUGUCUGCUUCUGUUCUUGUACUUAAUAUUUCAGGAGAGUUUCACGGUCCUCUGCCACUUCAGAAAACUACCUUAUCUUUUCAGUCUAAUUCCCUUGAGAUAGCAUGAGGUCGAUGUUUUUGAACGACUUAGCUUUUGCUGCGCCUUUGCUGAGGUCAGUCACAUUAAAACAAGGUGGAAAUGAACAGUCACAUUAAUGAGAGAGGAGGGCCCUAGAAUUUCAAAGAAUGUGGUUAGGGUAAGUAUUUCAUAUGGAGCUUUGAAACAGUCAUGUUAUAAAGUGGAUGGAGGUGCAUAGCUUAAGAUGGCCAUCCAUGUGCAAUGCCCUGCAUAUUGUACACUAUGACUUUGCAACCUGCAGGACCUCCUCCUCCAUUUAGAUCAGGGCUACAAAUCACCCCCUGGAAAACUGUCAUCUUCUCAUAAAUUUGAAGAGGAAGUUGGAGUUAAUGGUUGAAUGCAGGUUAUAGCCUCUUCUGACUGCUGAGGGUGGCCCUGUGGCUGUGAAUGGCUGAUGGCCCAUAUACCUAAACAUACUUCUCCAGGAGUGGUCUGCUGUGUCAGCCGUGCGUGGCCACUCUGGUUGCUCCUUUGCAACAAAGCAGAACCUACUACAGGCGGUGGUUGCAGUUGUUGGGAGGGCUGGAAGCUGGAGUCUGUCUAAAAAGUUCUCUUCUGCCAGAGGAGCAGGUGUCUCCAUGCAGAACCCCUUGGGUGAGGGAUCUACGGGGGGAAAGGAACAGCCUUCUUCCUUUUCUACAAAUGAAUUUGAGGUAUUAACUCUCUCUGUGGCUUCUGAAAUUGAAAGCAAACAAAAACUGUUCAAGAAACUGAUGUGGUUGGGUUGUUUUUUGGGAUUUUUUUUUUACAGUAUGAUUUCAGCUGCCACUGUAAGACUUCAGAAAUAGUUUCUAGUGUUAAAGUAUGGUAAUUCUGCGGUGAUGGAUGGUUUUCUAGAAGAAAGGCUGAAAGUACCGAUGCAUUUACAUGAAAAUUGGACAAUCUUGAAGUCCAGCUAUGCUUUCAAAAGCCUAAAGGCAAUUUCUUCACAGACUAGAAAUGGUGCUUUGAUUUCGCCUCCUUCGUUUCUUUGACAAAAGCAUACGUGCCCUUUCAGAUUCAGGUCUUUUAACUCUAUUUAGAAGAUUUACAUUAAAAUAUUAUAAUAACGAUCACAUGGCUGUGACUGAUAUGUUUCAGAUGUUAAAGGGCUGUGCCCAAAUCACAGUUGUUCUUCACGACAGAGCUGCGCCAGGGGGCAACACAUUUCUCUUUGGAUACUGCUUCAAACCUCUGCACUCUGGGAUACUUCCUGUUUUUGCUUGAAAAUAAAAGCAUGAGUCAUUCUGGAAGGCAAUUAAGGAAGAGAUGAAAUAAAUAGCAAAGAAUGACUCGUAUAAUACCCCCAGUAUAGUUCCAGAUCUACUUGUAAAACCUCAUCCAGUUUCCCAGAUUUGUACUUUUUCAAAGUUUCUGGUUAUUUUUGUGUGUUCAGACUGCGUGAUGGGAAGGACUAAUAGAAAUGAAAAUCAAUAGCACGGAAUUGGGAAAUGAUUUUUCAGCUUCUUUAAAGCAAGGCAUGAGAAACCAGACCAUUACGGAGUUCUUCAAACCAGUUUUAAACCAAGACCUUGGCCAUAAAGACAGAACUGUGUUGGGCUCACCAGACAGAGGAAAUGUAAAAGAUGCAGGAAAUGGACUGUCAGUUUUACGUGCUGAACCUUUUGAAAAGAAAAUAUCUUCUCCAAAGAAGGUCAGAAGAAAAAAGAUGCCAGACCAAACACCAAACACAAGUCCUGUGAUAGAUGCCUUUCGGAGAGGAAUUAAGGAGAAAAAGGAUAGUGUAAACUUUUUAGAGAAUGGCAGAGCAUGCAAAGCACUGGGUUCAUUGUACCCAAAAGUUGUGAUUUCAAAACUCCUUGUUACUGCAGGGUCUCGCAGCUGUUUCUUGGCCAAAGAGGAUAAAACUGUCAAGUCAGAACAGGGAAGAAAUGAGAAGUGUCUGGGUGUAACAAGAGCACCAUUGUCUUGUGGAAAUAGUUGGGAACAGGAAACUGACUGUAUGGAUCUAGAAGACGCCAGUUCAGACUCUGACAAACGGAUUUCAUCAUCAGAAGCUGAUACUCUAAAAGCCUGUGAUAGAAAUAAUGGCACUGCGAAUAACGCAUCUCUGUGCCAAAAGCCAGGUCUUCCCAUGAAAUUGCCCUACACUCCAACUGACUCUGAAUUCAGGUUGUCACUGGAAGCUCUCUGCAGAGAAAGGAAGCAGAAGAAACACAGAAUGAAACAAUCUAAGCCACAUCCUGUAAAGCCAUUCUCAGGAACAAGUGUAUCACGUCAGGGAAAUGGAUGUCCUUUAAGAAAAAUACCACAUUCCGGUUCAAGGGAGACUGCCUCAGAUAAUGCAUCUCAACCAAAGCCGGUUUCAAAACAUGAGGCAUCUUCUCCAAAUGCACUGAGAACAUCAUCCGAGAUGGCCGCUGGUAUGAGGAAGAGCCAGUCUGUCCCUUCAUGCUACCUUAGAUCUAAGAUGUCUUCUGGGCGAUCCAAACAAACAGACUUUCCUAGGAAAAGAAAGCGCGCUGCUGUGAGUAUGGAUGCAGACAGUUCAAAUCAAUCUGAAGUAUCAAGUUUGAAUGACGCUGCUUUUAGUAGAUCAUCUGCAAAAUGCAAAAAUAGGAGGUCUGACUUUGUAAAAAAUAUCCUUUUAAAGUCUACUUGUGGUGAUGUUCUGCAACUAAUGGAGGCUGCUGCUCUACCUGGACAUGAUUCUACUCUUGCAGAGGAAUACCUCAACUCAAGUGAUGAAAAUGAGAAAAAUAAUAGCUCCUCUGUAGGUUUGUCAUCUUCGUGUUCUGUACACAGUCCUGGUAAAAAUAACCAUGUUUCUGUUGUGGAUACCAAAGAGAAUCAAUUGCAGGUGGCUAACUCCUGCAUUUUCUUGGAAAAGUCACGUCCUUUUUCUCAGGAAAAAAGUACUGUGUUGCCUUCUUUCCACCACUUAACACAAACAAAAGGUGUGAAGUCUCUUCUCCAGAAGGCUGACUUAUCUCAGGUAUUGGAUGCUAAGAAAGAGCAAGAUGGGAAAAGACCAGAAAGAUGUGCACACAAAGUUUACAGUAUUCAAUCCAGCAACAGUUUUUCAAAAAUAAAAGAGAAGACUUCAGAAAAUGCUCCUGAUUCUUGUUCAAUGGAAGGUUCUGGGAAACUUGCACUCUCAGAAGACAGUGGUGAAAGUGUUCCCUGUUUGUUGUCUUUUAAAGAAGGGUGCAUGGACAGUGGCCAUACAUCUUCACAACUCUCUGGAGAGUUAGAAGUUGAAAGAACCUGUACAGACAAGUCCAAGUUGAAUGGAAAACCAAAAAGCAGCUUUGAUAGUGAAGACGAGAGUUUGGAAUGCAAUCUAGAUGAUGAUGACAAUGAUGAUGAAGUAUUCAUGCCACUGCAAGAAAUUCUCUCCUCAAGUCCCAAGCCACAGGCAGGAACCCUGGAGGAAUCUUGUCUUGACAGUUUUUCUCAGGACACCAUGACUCCAUUACUGAAGCUUCGUCUUUCUAAGCCUCCUGUUGUUAGCCAGGUGUCAUAUGUGAACAGCUUAGAACAUCUCUUGAAGGAGAAAGAAGAAUCUAAAAGGGUAGAUGAACUAGAAAAGCGGUUACAGGAAGACAUACAAGGAAGGGAAACUGAUUCUUCAGAUGGAGAAGAUGAGGAGAAUGCCAGUGGAGAUGAAGAUCUCUCAGAAGAGCACAGGGCGUUUAUAAAGAGAUUUUCAGUAAUAGCUCAUGCCAUACCUGACUACCACCCUGGUGAAGAUAUAUUUGAUUUAUCAACCUCUGGGAAAGUCUUCAAUCAGCAUAACCUUGACUUGAGGAAUUUUCAUUUCAUUCCUCAAAAUCCUAUAGAAAAGCUACUUCUUAGCUCUGGUGUAACACAGCAGCUUUCUUUAGCUGUUAAUGGUUUUCUAAGUUCUGCUUAUAGUUGUGUCUUGUGUCCCAUACCAAUUCUAAAGUGGCUUUUCCAGAUGAUGUCUGUUCAUCCUGACUAUUGUGUUUCCACUCAGAUUUUAGACAGAUUGAUGGAGAUAACACUAAAAAAUGCUUCCAUCAGUGAUGAACAGUCUAAACCAUGGAUUCCUUCACUAGCUGAUGUGUCAGCUGUUUUUGUCAAUAUGGGUGUUGCGAUUAGAUCUCUCUUUCCAUUGCAGCAUCUUCAGCCCAACUUUAACGAAUGUGAUAUUUUAAGUCAGAUGCAAGAAACAGUGAGUAAACAACAGCCAAGAGGAGACCUAACUUCUGCCAGUCCAGCCUUCUCCAGUCUACCAGAAAACAAUUUAAUUAAUGUGGUUAAGUUUCUAGGUUUCUGUUCAACAGUAAUUCAAGGUGGAUAUACUGAUCAAGAAAUAUUGCUGCUCCUUCUAUUGCUAUUUAAAAUAAGCUUGGAGAAACAGUUAAAACAAAUUCCUUUGAUAGAUUUUCAGUGCCUUUUCAUAAAGCUUCUGAUAAGUAUAAAAGACUGGGAUACAAAGAUGCCUGAACUCUGCCUGGCAGUGAGUGAACUCUCCAGUCAUCACCAUAAUCUCCUCUGGCUGGUUCAGCUGGUGCCUGGCUGGAUAAUACGUGGACGGGAAGUAAGAAGACGUCUUAGCCUAGUGAUAAUUUCAAAGCUUCUUAAUAAAAAGCAUAUAGAAAUACCUGAUGACAGCGACAAGCAGAUGUCUCUUCUGCACCAGUUUCUGGUGGUCAUGAAACCUUCUAAUCUACUAAAGAAGAUGAGAGAAGGACUGGGGCAGCAGAAUGCCGAUGGAGACCACCUUCAUACAGCCCUAGAACAGGAGGCAUACUACUUAAUCUACACCCUCCUUCAUCUAGUCAGUGAAGCUAGUUUCUUCGACGUUGUAAAUUCUAAUCAAAGGCAACAUUUACUGAAGCUUUGUGGUGCCUUAGAUAAGCACAUAAAAUGUGAUAUUAGGGAAGAUGCAAGGCUGUUUUAUCGAACUAAGGUAAAAGAUUUAGUUGCUAGGAUAUAUGGCAAAUGGCAAGAUAUGAUACAAACCACUCGGCCUACUCAGGCAUUAAUUCAUUUAUGCAACAAAUGUGACUGCACAGGAAGUGAUUUUAUAAGACCAAGUUAUAAAUGAAGUUGUCGUACUGGUCUUCAAGAAACGAGCAUAUCUGUAUUUGUUCUCUAGCUUCAGCACUUGCUCUAAAUGGAGAAAAUACUGUUCCUGAAGUAUCAACUCAAUGGAGAUUCAAGGAGAUGAGCAUUUGGCCAUGUAUGUAAAAACUGUGAAGGCCCUAUGAGGUCUGAAUUCCUUUGUGUGAAGUCUUGCCACACACGCAGUAUGUGCACAGAGCUCCAAGAGCUGUUUGUAAAAUAAUCAAAGGAAGAUGUGAUCUCCUUUUGUGCUCUCUGUGCAAAUGCUGUCAUUUAAAUCUUAACACUGUGGUUUGUCCGUAGGAUGUGUGUAUGUACAAAGAGAAAAUUAAGGUAUUGGGUAGAAACACCAGCUGGGGCUCCCCUAACAAGUGAGAUUUUUAGUAAUAUCAACAUGCACGUUUUAUAAUACUGCUUCCUUUUAAUUUUUGUAGAUUACCCUGUCUUGUCUUGUAUGAUAAAUUCCCUAUAACUUUCUAAGAUAAGAAUGUAAAAUAAGGCUUAAAAAAAAAUAACAAACCCCCAGACCUUCAAAUUUAAGUAUGUAUAUUACAUAUAAAGGAACUGCUAUACAAUGGACACGUGUCUUAUAGGGAAGGUGUUUUAUUUGCAAAUUCAUAUUAAAUGUUUUGUCUUUCAUUUCAAUUUAGAGAGUUAGCCUAAGACUGCCAUGUCUCUGUGCCCUUCACAGGAUAAUCAGCUUAUCUUUGUUCAAACAAGUUAUGCUCGUGGCAUUGGGGGGAGGGCGGGGGGUGGGAGAAAAUCCCUCUUUGUUAAUCUCAACAUGUUAUUUAAGAAUUGGAAGAAUCUACCUCAAAGGGUAUCUUUGUUUGACAAUAGAACUGCUUUAGGCUAAGAAAACCUGCAUGGUGUUACAUAGGUAUGGCAAUGCCAUCCUUUGCUCUGCCUGUCUUUAAUAUCUAUCAACCUUCCCUCUGGUAGCAGUUGCUUACUAUGUUUGAAUAUAUUGUAUGUAAUUUUAUUAAUGUUUAUAUUUUUUUUUCACUAAUGUUGUAUAAAGUUUAAAAAAAUUGCAGCAUAUGUUUACUGUAUGUAAUGUGUAUAUAUUUUCUUACCAUGUAAAGUUGAAGUUGCUGUCCUGUAUAUUUUGGAGAAGGGGAGGGGUUUAGAUGAACAGCUUUUGUACUGCAGUUCAAAGCACAUUGAAACUGCUGACUUUUUUUUUUUCCAGAUGAAAUAACCACUUUGAUAUUUACUUUUAUUUAACAGAACAAUGAAAAAAUAAAACCAGACAUGCUUUUCUAAUGAAACGUCCCUACACAAAAUGGGCAUGCCCCAGCUCCAUUUCACAAACAAAAGGCUGUGGGUUCUAUUUUGGUCUUACCGCACACGUCGUAGUUCUUGGGUUUGCAGCUGAUUAGCUUGCUAUAAAUGGAGAAGGUCUCGAAGUAAUUCUUAGUUCAGCCAGUCCUGUGUUUUCAUGCUUAAUGCCUGUGUAUACAUUCUGGCAUUUUCCUCCUCUCUUCCCCCUCCUGCUUUGUCUGGAGUUUUCAUCCAUCCGUUUUGUAGCCGAGUAGUAGUUCCCCAGUUGCUUAAGUCUAGACGUGGGUUGAGUUGGAGCUCAUCAGCAUCCUUAGAGAGAUGAUCCUGAAGCAUCACUGCAGCGUCUUUACAAGGGACAGCUGAGCUGAGCUCUGCUUCAGGACUCCUGGAAAUGAAAUAGCAAACCUGCUGCUGUUGUGUUUUGCCGACUCAUUUACUGGCCCCCAGCCAGAAGUCACAUGCAUUGGAAAAGGCUGUUUGCACAGUAAAUGUCUUAACUGCUUUGGUUGUCUUCAGACAAGCAUUUUGCACUGAGGUUUAUCUUUUGAUAUUAUGUUGGCUAUAUUAAGAGCCAUGUUUUCUCAUUUCAUGUGAAAUUAGGUGCACUUUAUUGCAGUAAUCACAGACAAAAAAUUAAAGGCCAACUAUAAA